AGCUUACGGCACCGCGCUGGCGUCACUUCCAGCGGACCCGGAAGUUUUGUGCUGCCGGCAGUAGUUGGGAAGUGGGCACGGGGCAGCUGCCAGCCUCGUAAGCCUUUGCCAAGCGCGGGCCGAGGUAGGCAGGUCUGGCAGGGCCGGGGUGGCCUGGAAGGAGCUGGGAGGACCCUGGCCGUGAGCUCCCGGCGCGUCUCCUUCCCGGUCCGCCCCCCCACCCCCCGGCUGCCUUUGCCAGGCCGCCCUGGCACCGUGCAGCAGAGCGGGCGUGCGGCCACGGCGGGACAACCCUCGGCCCGGCCCUGACAGGCCCCGGGCUGCCGGACAGCGCUGACGUGGAGCAGCUUGAUCGCAGCCCCCAUGGAGAAGUUCGGGAUGAAUUUUGGGGGCGGCCCUAGCAAGAAAGACCUGCUGGAAACCAUUGAGUCUCAGAAGAAGCAGCUGGUCCAGUACCAGACACGGCUCAAGGACGUGGUCCGCGCCUACAAAAGCUUGCUGAAGGAGAAGGAGGCGCUCGAGGCCAGCAUCAAAGUGCUGUCGAUAUCGCACGAGGCCGAUGUGGGGCUCGCAGGUGUGCAGGGCGUGCAGGCCACAGGUCUCGGCCUUCCUGACCCCGUGGAUGACCGGUGCUCCACUCACAGCGAGGACAGCACCGGCACCGCCGCCAGCCUGGACACGGCGGCCAGCCUCCCCAGCGCCAAGGGUGAGGGUGGGGUGCAAGACGACAGGCCGGCCGCUGGAGCGCCCCCGGCCAAGGCGGAAGAAGCCAGUGGGUCGGAGAGUGGCGUUAGCAGUAGCAGUGGGGACGGGCCACCGGCAGGAGGAGAGGUGGACAAGCGCUUGCACCAGCUGAAGGCCCAGUUGGCCACUCUGACCAGCUCCUUGGCCACGGUCACCCAGGAGAAGUCGCGCAUGGAAGCCUCGUACCUGGCUGACAAGAAGAAAAUGAAGCAGGACUUAGAGGAGGCCCAGCAGAGGGCAGAGGAGGAGCGAGGCCGUCUGGAGGGGGAAUUGAAGGCACUACAGGAGCAGGUGGCGGAGACCAAGGCCCGGCUGAUCACGCAGCAGCACGACCGGGCCCAGGAGCAGAGCGACCACGCCCUGAUGCUGCGGGAGCUGCAGAAGCUGCUGCAGGAGGAGCGGAGUCAGAGGCAGGACUUGGAGCUCCGCUUGGAGGAGACCCGAGAGGCCCUGGCUGGCCGGGCCUACACCGCGGACCAGAUGGAAGGCUUCGAGCUGCAGACCAAGCAGCUCAGCCGGCAGGUGGAGGAGCUGAAAGGCGAGCUGCAGGCUAUCCGAGAGGAGAAGAGCCAGCCUGACCCCCGGCUGCAAGAGCUGCAGGAGGAGGCCUUGCGCCUCAAGAGCCACUUCCAGGCGCAGCUGCAGCAGGAGAUGAGAAAGACAGCCCUCGCGGAGGAUCAGCUGCGCCAGCAGUCGCAGGUGGAGGAGCAGAGGGUGGCAUUGCUGGAGCAUCAGAUCUCGGAGGUGUCGGAACUGCUGGGCACAUACGAGAAAGCCAAGCAGAAGGACCAGUUGGCCAUCCAGAAGCUGAAGGAGCGCAUCCUGCAGCUGGACCUGGAGAACAAGACGCUGGCCCUCGCGGCCUCCAGCCGCUCCCCUCUGGACAGCCACGGCGAGGAAUCCAGGCUCGACAUCAACGUGCUGAGGGACAAGAUGGAGAAGCUGAAGAGCCUGCUGCAGGUGGCAGCCCGCAAGAGCCAGGUGAGCGUGGACGUGGAGAAGCUCUGUGACCUGGAGAUCAUGCCCAGCUCCGAAACCGCCGAUGGGGAGAAGGCCACGGCCCUUUACUACCAGCAGGAGCUGAAGCAGUUGAAGGAAGAAUUCGAACGCUAUAAGACCAGGGCCCAGGUGGGCCUCAAGACCAAGAACGCCAAGGAUGGCAGCCUGGCCAGGGAGCUGGAGGCCGCCCAGGAGCAGCUGGCGGAGCUCAAGGACAAGUACAUCUCGCUGCGGCUGUCGUGUGAGGAGCUGGAGCACCAGCACCUGCAGGCGGCGGAGCACUGGCAGCAGGAGCGGGUGCGGCUGCAGCAGCUGCACCGGCAGGAGCUGGAGCGCGGCCAGCUGGACUUCAGGGACCGCACGCUGCAGCUGGAGGAGGAGCUGCGCAAGCAGCGGGACCGCGCGCUGGCCGUGCUGGCUGAGAAGGACCUGGAGCUGGAGCAGCUGCGUUCCGUGGCCUUGGCGGCGGCGCUGCCAGCUCGCAGAAGCCCGGCAGGGGCCGGGGGCCCCGAGGACCCGGCCGACCCGUCUUCCGCGGACAGCCUGACCCAAGGCCUGCAGCUUGCCGCGGCCAGUGAGCCCACGUUCUUCCUGUACGCUGAGCAGCUGGCCCGCAAGGAGGUGGAGAUGACAUCGCUGAAGAGGCAGAAGCACAGGCUGGAGGUGGAGGUGCGGCAGCUGCAGGACCGGCUGCUACAGGAGGGGGAGCAGCACCGGGAGGAGGUCGCAGCCCUGCAGACCCACAUCGAAAAGAACUUCCGGGACCAGAGCAGGGAGGGAGCCAACCUGGAGUACCUCAAGAACAUCGUCUACCGCUUCCUGACCUUGUCCGACAGCCUGGGCCGGCAGCAGACGCUCAGGGCCAUCCUGACCAUCCUGCACUUCAGCCCUGAGGAGGAACAAGCCGUCCUGCGGCUCCCAGCCAGCGGCAGCUGGUGGCCUGGCAAGCGGUGAUAACCGCUGCUGCUGACGUGUGACAAUUUCUGUGCCUCUUUUACGUGGGAAGGGCAGGCUCUGGUUUCUGCUGCUUCCCUUCCUUUACCAUUUAUUUUUUCACUGUAUUGUACCUGGAGGAGUCUGCAGGUGGGACGAGAUUUUCUGCCAAAUGCCAUUAGUGCUGCUUUACCCUUGGGCCCCAGAGAGCCUGCACAUGUUGAGUUGGGAACUCCCAUUGGUGUGUGCAGUGGGGAACAGAUGUUGAGGUUAGAACUGGGAGACGCAGAAUCGGGGAUGGGUGAGAAUGUUUUCAAGUGAGGUGUUUUUUAAAAUGCUAGCCUCCAGGUCCAGAGCCUAGAGUCACUGUGACUCCAAAGGGAGGUCAGUGCGUUUCUAAACCCGCACAACUAUCAGCUGUUUCUCCCCAUCUCACCACCUCCGUUAUCCGGCUCACUGCUGCCCCUUCCUCUGGGCACCUGAAGCCAGUCUGGAAAGGGGUCAGGAGAUUAGAAGUAGCAACACACGUUGUGUGGCAGUCCAAAGGGCCAGUGGUGAUUUCGUCUUGAAGCGUGGAAGCUCGGUUUAGUAAGGGUCUAGGGACUGCUUGGCAUUCAGCACAAAGCACAUCGUUUGUGACCAUCCUGAUGUCACACGAGAGGUUGACUGGCCAGGAGAGGGUUAAGAUAGAGCUCCCUUGCUUGACCCAAGAUUGCAGGGAAAUAACUUCACUACGAUGUUGAACUUCGAUGAAGAAAUAAAGUCCUAGCUUCUUUUAAUAUGGAGGGCAUCCACGUGGUAAGCUCUGAUCCUGCCGGAAUGCAAGGAAUUCACACUGAGGUUCUGCCUCUGGAGAUGGUAAAGGGCUGCUGAGACUCUAAAGGAAGUGGUUGAAGUUCAGUUGGAGCUG